AUGUCAUUCCCCGCCUCUCUCAAACCGGCCGCUAGAUCAGCCUAUAGAUCCAUGCUGAGAGCAUCCCGAAUAACGUUCAAUGGCGAUCCAACAAGACAUGUCCAAAUGUUAUCUGUCCUACGUCAAACAUUCUCUUCCCCAUCGCUCACACCGCCUCAACCAGGUUCAGCCGAACUGCGUUCAUCCCCCGAUGCCACUUUCCAGCCGAUAGUCGAAGAACAGGUGGAAGAAGGUGAGAUAAAGAAAAGGAUAGAAGAGUGGAAGGAGACUGCUCAAUUCUUGAGGAAGAAUGUGGUGCAAGGUGUACAGGAUGAGGAUGGAACGUGGAAACUGAGGGUGACAGACGAAACAGAAUUAGGAGACAAUGCGACGAUCAAAGAACCUCCCAAAUUACCUUCGACGCCCUUCCCCAACAGGAAUAAACGUAGAUGUACGGAUUAA